AUGCUCCAGGGUAGCACGAAACCCAUUUACGUUGAAAUCGCCACCGAACAACCUGUGUGGCGCCUCAUGGAGCAGGUGAGGAGUCAUCUCGGCUUUGCCUGCCCAACACACGAGCUACACCUCCAUGUGGCUAAGGAUACUGAAGGCCGCUGGUUGGACAUGGCACACUAUGCGUUACACGUCGCCAAGCAAGUUCAACCGGACAGAGUCAACUCAAUCAUGCAAUCACUCCCCAUGGCUCCCACCGCAAUCAUUCGUGUGGCACCAUCCCCUGUCUUCGGAGACGCGCCUGCACUCGUUGCUAACCGUGCUGACCCCCAAGGCGUUGUAGCUGCACCUGUACCCAGCAAUGUGGAGCGACUACCCUCCGCCGCUGAAGGUGAGCAUGUGGUCGACGCAGCUAUGCUUCCCCCAUGCGGCAGUUAUGGCGGUGUUCACGAUCUAGACGCUGGUGCCGAAAUUGCUGAUCGCAACAAUGACGAACCUCCCCGUGGCAUCCUUGAGCGUUUCAUCAGCGUUAGAGAUUCGAUACUGCCUUUCUUUAGAAGUGCCACUCCACCACGUGCCCGUGAUCCCAUCCCGCCUAACGAUGUGUUUAUGCCCGUCGUCCCAGGUGCCAAUCACAUCCAUGUCCUUGUGGCCUUCCCAUCGUCUUUGGACGUCGUUCUUCGAUACGAGCGUGAUGGAGUUAAUUUACGCUUGUCGUCCUCCAACAGGGCCCACUUGCUCAAGCAACUGCUUGUGCCCCGGUUUCAACGACGUGUCUUCGUGCGCCUACAAAGGCUCGCUGUUGGUGUUUCCAUCCGCCCUGGCUUUGGGGAUGUUGUUGAAGUGUCACUUCGAAUCCCAGGCGAAGGCAGCGCAACUUCGCUGGCAGUACGGCGAUCGGAACCUUAG